UUUAAUAUUCAAUUAGCUCGGAGCAGAGGGGCAGGCAGGCGUCAGCACGGGAGCGAGUUGACGGCAACAAGACGCACUUCAUUCAAAUGUAGAGCAGCAGGCAUGCUUCAUGGAGACACCAGCACUCCUCCUGCCGCCUGGACGGAGAGUUGCUUCACUUCCCCCAGCCUGCCGCUAAACUUUUCGCGGCUGUAGCACCAUGGACCCGCUAUGGACGGACACCGGCGCUCCGGUACGGCAUGCAAAUACGUACUCUGACGUCGGCGAUCAUGUGGCUUUUGGCGUAGAUCCUCCUUGUGAUCGCCAAUUUUUUCUUUCCUGUCGCCUGUUGUCUGCUCGGCUAUUGGGCCGCCGCGAGAGUGUUUGAAGCGGAUUUCAGCGCGUUUGCGGAUUUUAGCCGUCGCUUUUGGGAUUGUACCGCACUACCUGAGCGUCGCGCCAAAACGGUGGGCAGGUAACAUCCUGUCAUGCAGUUUCAGGAAGUCCUCCAGCAGCGGAGCUGACACUGUCUGCGAGCCCAGCGUACACUACAGCUCCAUCUCUAGCAGACCUUCACCUCCCGCUGCCGUCUCCUCUCUCCAGCCGCUAAUCUCGCAGCCCGUGGUUUAGUCCGAUCCCAGAAGCUUUGCUGCGCUUGCUGGUUCUGCUAAAAUCCUGGGCCAAUAUCUGAAUUCUCCAAUCCACUGCUGGCCACACUUAAGCACCUUAGACUGUCUUUUCACAGUAGAUCUGCAUCCUGGGAACCUCGGCUGUAGUAGCCUCAUUUGCAAAAAUCCCUGCAUCGAGUGAGGGCGGUUAUCUACAAGGAGAAACUCAGAAUCUAUCACCAUCAUGUCCAGUCGACGUAAGGCCUCCACUCCUUGUAUGAUCCGACCUGAGCAGACGAUGGUGGAGCUCGACGAUGACGAGGAGGAAUCGCACGGCAUGGAGGCAACACCAGAGAACCACACUCAGGAGGGGCCGAUGGACACGGACCCAUCGACACAAGCCGAGCCAUCCAUGGGCUUGGACGUAAUGGGCGAGGCCUCGGACCCCCCCGCGGCUCCCGACAAACCGGCAGCAGAGCCGCCAGACCUUUCCAAGCCCCAGCGCAGACAGCAGGGGGGCUACGAGUGCAAAUACUGCACCUUCUCCACGCAGAACCUGAACACUUUCAAAGAGCACGUCGACGCCAACCACCCCAACGUCAUCCUCAACCCCCUGUACCUGUGCGCCGUGUGCAACUUCAACACAAAGAAGUUCGACACCCUGACGGAACACAACGAGCGGUGCCACCCGGGGGAGAGCAACUUUAAGUUCAAACGCAUCAAAAUGAACAAUCAGACAAUCUUGGAGCAGACGAUAGAAGGCUUCAGUAACAAUGCAGUCAUCUACAACACGUCCGGCGACCUCGGCGCUCCGCCGCUGGGCAAACCCACCGCAGUCAAGAUCGGCAAACCAAAAAUAAUGUCAUCGGACAACAAACGGACAGAGCCUCAGUUGGGCAAACUGACCACCGAUCUGUCAAAGAAACCGAUCACAGCGGUCAACGUGAACGGGACGGUCAUCAUCCCCGAGUCGACCCUCCUCAAAGCGGACGGCCUUUCUCACAUCAUGCCUUCUCUGCAGCGGCCUCUAAACUACACCCAGGUGCCCAAGAUUGCAGUGCCCCUCAACACAACCAAAUACAACCCCUCCCUCGACGACAACCUGACGCUCAUCUCUUCCUUCAACAAGUUCCCCUACCCGACGCAGGCCGAGCUCUCGUGGCUCACCGCCGCCUCCAAACAUCCAGAGGAGCAAAUCAAAGUCUGGUUCACCACACAGAGGCUCAAACAGGGCAUUAGCUGGUCGCCCGAGGAGGUGGAGGAAGCCAGGAAGAAAAUGUUCAACGGUACAAUCUCCUCCGUGCCUCAGGCUUUCACCGUGGUCGCUUCACAGCUCAACACAUCCACCAUCCAGUCGGCCCCCUCCGCAGCCUCCAAAUCCAUGCAGCAGGCCGCCUCUGUCCUUCAAUCCCUCCCCUGCCAGCUCCUGGGACAGACCAGCCUUGUUCUGACUCCUGUAGCCAACGGCCCCACUGUCACUUGUGCACCUCUGGCACUCACAGUGGCUAACCAGGUGGCGCAGUCGCUCAAACGACCCUUGGCCUCUCCUGUGAUCGCCACGGAGAGCAAGCGGCCCUCCAUCAUCCAAACCAUCUCCGCGCCCAUGGCCUCAUCCAAGGUGGCGUCGUCCAAAGUGCUGAGUUUCACAGUGGACCCCAGUAAAACGGCAGAGCAGCUGUCGGUGCUGAGGUCCAGCUACACGCACUGUCCUUUCCCUGAGGAAGAUGAGAUCUACAGGCUGAUAGAGACCACAGGGCUGUCCAGAGGAGAGAUAAAGAAGUGGUUCAGUGAACAGAGGCUCCUCAAUCUCAAAGGUGUUCCUCCACCACCCGUGCUGGUGAAAGCAGAGGUGACGCCACCACCUAAAGACGGCCUCGUAAAAAAAGCUGUCCCCAACCAGUUCCCCUUGCUGGAGAGAGUGAAGGGGAAGACAUCAGAUCAGCUGAAGGCGCUGGAGGAGAGUUUCCAGAGAAGCAACUCUCCAACGGAGGCAGAGCUAGACCAGCUGGCCCAGGAGACCAGGCUGUCCAAGACGGAGGUGGACUGCUGGUUCUCCGAGCGCAGGGCUCUGAGGGACAACAUGGAGAAGGCUCUGCUCACGAUGGGCUCGAAGAACUCGGAGAACAGAGCGGAGCAGCCGGGAGCGCUGCUGAACGGGGCCGCUCAUCGAGAGCAGGAGGGGAAGCCUCCCCGCUCCUCCCCCCACCCGCCCGUGCUCUCCUCGUCCUCCUCUUCCUCCCCUCCCGUGCUUGCGGCGUCCUCCCCUCGCCCGCCAACCUAUUCCUCGCCGGCGUCUCCUCCGUUCCUCACUUCGUCCUGCUCCUCCUCUCCCCACCCGCCCAUCCUGUCGGCCUCCACCAGCCCGGCCCCCAUCGCCAGCCACUCGCUCACCCUGCUCAGAGAGAUGUUCUGCCGGACCCAGUGGCCGUCUCCCGAGGAGUACAGCCAGCUGGAGGCGCAGACGAGCCUGGGACGCACCGACAUCGUCCGCUGGUUCAAGGACCACCGCUCGGCCCUGAAGAACGGCGAAACGCUGGACUGGAUGGAAAAGUUCCAAAACCUUGCGGACGAGCAGAAAGAAGCGCCGGGGCAGAAAGAAGCGCAGGGACAGAACGGCCAGAACUCUGAGAAAAGCCAGAGUGUUUCCGUGGAUGUCAAGGCUGCGAAAGUGGAGGAGUCCGGCGAGAACGAGCAAGACAAAGACCAGUGGUUGACGGACAGAAUAGCCCACAGUGUGACAGACCUGAGCCGGACCAGACAGGACCAGACCAGCUCCGCCAACACCGACAAAGGAAGGUGGGUAAAGGUGACUGUGGCGGUGGGGGAGGACAAUGAAGCAGGAGUGGAAAGACAGAAGCUGGCAACGGACACCGAGGUUCUGACCUUGGAGCAACCGGGGAGGGUCACUGGUUGAUGAGUUCAUCAUUGCCUGCUGAGUCACCGGCCACCACCAGACGACUAAAGAUGACCUAACACGCUUCCAGUGAUGGAACAGUCUGCCUGUGAUGUCAUCACAAAGCGCCAGGGGCUUUGGAGUCCCCCCCCCUGUUAAAGCACUGACUGAUGUGAGGUGCAGACGCUGACAUUGAGAAGAGUGCCAAAGCUGGACUUGAUGCAUUGUUCUUACUACUACACUUUUUUUUUGUUUUGUUCGUUUGUUUGUUCAUAGAAAGACGUCUGUAAAUAUUUUUCUGUAUUCCAAAAAAAAAGGACUUUGUACAGUUUUACUUGGAGGGCAGAUUUUGUUACAUUUUAUAUAUAUUAAAGAAGAAAAAAAAGAAAAAAGUCAAGACCGUUGCCCCCAAACCUGGAAUGUUUUUGUCGUUAAGAUCAAAAGUGUAUUAUAGUCCGUUAUUUGCUGAAAAUCGGUCCUAUUUUUUUGAAAAUCACGCAUCCGCGCUGCUCAGCUCUGAGCAGACUUCGAUGGCACUUGCAUAUACGGUAGUGAUAGAUGUCCUCCUGCGAGGCCGCUUCAUAGCUAACUGUUAAGAAACUAGCUUUUCCUUUUCUCCCGCAGCGUCGCCUCGCCCUCACAAACAAAGUGGAAGUCAGAAGUGCCGGAGGGGGGUGGGGGGCUGGCAAGUAGAAAGCGUGACGGGGCAAUGUGAACAGAGCCGCCGCUCGCUGCAAGAAUGAACAGAAAACGGGCGGAUGCAUGAACACGCACACCAGAAAUUCCUUUCCCAUCGGCUGGCUCUCGCAUCAGUACCUGAGGCAUGUUCAAGAGGCUGAAACGGCACAGAAUGUUCACGCUCCCGACAUGGAAAACAAUAAAACGCAGAGAGCAGAGAGUGUCUGUCCGAUCGCACCGCGCUGCCUUUUUCUGCUCUUAUCUGACAUCUGCCUCAGAAGAAUGGUUGAUGAUUUCAGCUCAUCACUUCUUUGUUUUAGAAACUUGAAAUAUUCUUGACUGAACUUGCCAAGAGCAAAUCGGUGAAAAUGUCUCACGCAUGACAAAAAAAAAAAAAAAAAAUAAUGGAAGCUAAUCUUUUUCAAGCCAUUUAAAAAUGUCCAUUUCGCUCAGCUGUGGUCUGUGAACACAUUUCUCGUCUUCUCUACGACUUCUUUCUGGCUUUAGGGUGGGAUUUUCUACUUUAAAGCAGGACCGGGCUCAGUUGAUUUCUGUACAGACAGUUCAGGACAAUCAAUUAUUCUGUUGAUGCAGAAAUGACCAAACGUGCUCAUUUUCUACAAAAAAACAAAAAACAAGUGGUAAUAUCACAUCAGCCAAAGCUGUUGUGAACUACCGGCGUGUGCUUCAACUAAUUUAACAAAAAAAAAAAAAAAAAAAAAUGAUCUGAAGGGAUAUUUGUAAUUUCUGGUCGAGUCAUUUUAACCCCAGUUUGAACGGCAGGUGUAUGACUGUUUCCUGGUUGAAUGUCUCUUUCUGCUGCUGCUGCUGCUGCUUUAGUUCCAUGUUCAGACAAGUAUCUGGGAUACUGUACGUUUGGCUGGCUAAUACAGAAUACCGCUUGCAUUUUCAUUUUCUACUUUAAGUCUGCUGUAACUCAAUAAAAACCCAACCAACUCAAA